UAGCUGUGGAGUACAUACAUGGUAGAGGAGUCAUCCACCAGGACCUGAAGCCUGCUAAUAUAAUGGUUGCGGCAACUUCCAAACGGGCAUACUUGACUGACUGGGGUUUGGCAAACGUGAGGGAGUCUGUGAUCAUGUCGAAGGCUUUUGGAGCCGUGGGUAAGAUUGUUGGGGGAACUCCAGUUUACAUGGCCAGAGAGUGCCUGGCACUGUGUGAGAAGGGCAGUACCAGUUCAGACAUGUGGUCUCUUGGCAUCACGCUUCUGGAGAUGUUCACCAACUCUAAGCCUUGGCUCAACUGCACUGCAGAAAAGAUACGUAAACACCUGUUUGACCAACAGAGUCCAAAUGAUCUGGCUAAACUACCGCCACCUUUUCUUGACAUUGUGAAACCACUGCUACUGCAUGAACCUGAGUCUCGUAUGAGGGCCAAGGAUCUUGUGAUUCUCUUGAAGAAAAAGGUUAAAAUAUCAAGUUAGCAAAUUUAAAAAGAAC